GAUACCGAGGAUUGGCCUGCAUGAGCAUCUACUGUCUGGUGGGCCGUCAAGUAAUCUGAACGCUUUUCAAUUUCAAUUUUCCUUCAUUUUCCCGGAAAAUGAUUUUCCGGCCAAAGGGAAAACGGAAAACGUAGAAUAAUUUGGCGCGCUUUCGGGCAGCUCGAGCCCCUACUUCCGAAGAAAAGUCGGUAAAAAUCCUCACUUUGCUCAGAUUUGGUCCCUCAAAUCCCAACAGCGGCAAGCGGAGAAAUACCCGUCAGAUGAUCGUCGGAGUUUCCCCGGCCUAGCUCCUAUGGCUUCGACCCUUCUUCCUCACCAGCCCCGCGACCCCAAUGACUCCUCCGCCACUUCCAUCUUCUUGCCCACAGUUUGCCUGUACGACUGGUGGCUGAUUCAGGCCGAGGAAGAAAUUCAGGGCAGGAGGCUUGGAGUUGCCGGCUUCACAUCUCCCAAGGAGGGACCCGUUAAACGAGCGGUUCGUGUGUUUAAAUCUGCACCGAUCACCAAGGUGUACGAGUUUUCCACCCUGGAAACUGCAGACGGUGUUUGUGUGCUUGUGAAAGGAUUGAUGAACAAGUCUCUGAGUACUGAGAAUGGGUUCCCUUCUGAGGUCUGCAAACAUUUUGUUUUUGGAUUUCCUUUGAACUGGGAGGAAUGUGUUGCCGAACAAGGAGCCGGUUCUGCUGCAUUAAAAACAUCUGCUGAGGUGAAUUCUCAUGUUCCGGGUCAGAGUAGUCCAAGCAAAAGGGAUCAGAAGACUCCAGAGGACCACGAUAGGUUAAAAAAUAAAAAUCAACCCAGUGCCAGAAGGAAGAGAGAUUCUGCUACUGAGCGAGCUGAAGAUUUUCUUGGUCCUGAUCUUCCUAAAGAUGGUAGGGAAGAUCCUUCGUCUGCACCUCCUCUUGUUAAGCCCAGAAGAUCUUCCCGUCAUCGUUUAGGCACUUUGGAAGAAGGCAAUGCCAAAGGAGAAACAACCAGAGCUGGUGUCAUUCCUCCAUUGCAAGGAACGGUUAGAACUCCAGACUCCUUUAAACGUUCCAGAUCAGGAAGAAUACUAUUGCCAAGAUUGGCAUUCUGGCAGAACGAACUGCCAAUAUAUGAUGCGAACCGUAACAUUGCUGGUGUUCAAGGUCCGAACAAGGUUGAGUCCAGAGAUGGUGGAAAUGUGUCCAGAAGAAAGUAAUUGCAGGUGGUUCGACUUCGUGUUGCCUUCCUGGAGUAUGUUUCAAAAGGUUUCUUGGCAAGAAGAUUUUCAUUGUUGCAGCUGCAGAAAUCGAAUCCAUCCCAUCGCUGUUCGCCAACCUUGUGUAUAGAUGUUGACGAUUGUGAUCUUUUAGCUGUCCUUGUGAUUUGUAUGUUAUAGCUUCAAUUUGUUCGAACCGGUUACUGACCAGGGGAACUUUGUAUCAUCCAUGCUCAAUAGCAAGGCAUGGCUGAAACUAAUUUUGAUGAGAUCAUCUUAAUGCUCUUGCAAUUUGUGUCGACACAAUAUGAUAGCUCGUGUUUGACUAU